AUGAAAAAGUUUUUUUUUUUCCUUUUUUUUUUCUGCCCGGACAACACUUCUUUCUCAUGUCGUUGCUUUUCCUUUUCUUUUCCCCCCUCUGUCUGUGGACGGUUGGCCAUCUCAUGUUUCCCCUUUUCUUCUCUUUACUCUUCACUUUUUCCAGACGUGCGGAUGCGUCCUGCUCAUCGUUGCACGGCGGAGCGGCGGGAGGGCAUGGACGAGGAGAAGACGCAGCCGUCUCACCCGUGGACGCGCGAGGAUUCGCUGACGGCGCAGCUGAAGAUACAACUCUACCGCAUCUACGCAAGUGUAUCUCGCCAGCGGGAAUGGUUUAAGAUACAUGAGUCCAACGUGAGGGCUCUCACGGAGGAGGCGGAGACUCUGCGGGCUCGUUUCUUCCCACAUGAGCGGAGCCUGUUAACUGCGGUGACUGGAGAUGCCAAAAACAGAAGAGAAACGCAUUCUUCAUCUUUUUGUUUUGCCGAUACAGAAGGGAUGAGCUCAGAUGACAUGACUUUAACGACAAUGAGGAGACCGUGUCCAUGUUCCAAAGACGCUUCACAUGCCAUGAUUCGAGACUUUUCAUCGAGGGCGUUGACGCCAUGGUGUCCUUCAUCCCUGCAGGCCGAUGAGGGUUGGACUCUGCCAUUGCGUCCGGGUGGAGACGGUACAGGAUAUCCUUCUGCCGCCGUGCUCAUUCCCUCGGCAAAUGACGUGCACAGUUGCGUUAAUGCUGUGGACUUUCGCCAUGUUGUGCCGGAGUAUCUCCUGCAACUCUCACCGGGAUGGAUUCAUGAACGCCUGGGAACAACGGGAGGGGGAAAAGGAGGAGGGAUUAUGGCAGAGGAGGCCACAUCGGCUCUUGUCGCCCUUCUUCUCCCAUUACUUCGGGCCUUUCGUGGUGUUGUUGACACGGCGCGUUGGCUUACCGAAUCUUGUGAUUAUGCCACUGGAGUUCCUGCCCACGACGGGUUUCUCACACUCAAAGCACUUUGCGCCGCCGCCAGGCAUUUAUUUUAUCUCCUUCACGAGGCACUCUGCUGCCUGUCGUCGUGGGCAACAGAGGUCGCGCAAUCGGGGAUGGCAACAGUGGCGCACAAAAUGAGUCCCGAGGAGCGGGCGGAGGCCACACAGAUUCUUUUGUACCUGCUGGAUGACCGCGGCAGUGGCGCGUUGGUGUUGCAACUUCUCUGCACAGACAAAAACACUUCUAACACGCCUCAUCACACAGAAUUGGGGACACUGGAACCCGCUACGACGGGAUUUGUCCCACGCUCGGUCGUCAGCGAGGCAUUCAGCUUUUUGGCCAUUCACUUCUUUGGGAUUUGCCUUGGGGAGUAG